AUGGCAAAAUUUGCCAAAAGCGCCGAUCGUGGAGAAGCUAUGGAAAAAAGUCCCGAAAACUCUCUUCGACGUCGCCGGUAUUACUUUUACUUGGAUGAGGAAGAUGCGCCAAGCCUUGAGGCGGGUGAGGCAUCCCCACCGCCGCAAACUAAGGUAAAGAUGGCUAAUCCUGGUCCGCUUGGCUUGCUUGGAUUUGGCAUGACAACGGUCCUUCUUAACCUACACAACACUGGGCACUACCAACUGACGACAGCGGUGCUUGCAAUGGGAAUUUUCUACGGUGGGAUUGCGCAAGUUGUUGCCGGAAUACUGGAAUACUUCCGUGGAAACACGUUUGCUUAUGUGGCCUUUGCAUCGUACGGCAGCUUCUGGCUUUCGUUGGUGGGCGUGUGGCUGUUACCCAACAAAAGCAGGGAUGCAGCACAAAUACCAUUUGCCACGGAUCCCUAUUUUCUUGGCGUUUACUUGUUACUCUGGGGAAUCUUCACUUUUGUCAUGUUGAUCUGCACACUGCGGACCAAUCUUGGCCUCAUUACAGUUUUUUUUACGGUGACCAUACUUUUCUUGAUGUUGGCUGCUGGUAAUAUGUCGGGCUCGUCCACAACGCUAAAGGUUGCUGGAUACGAAGGCAUUUUCUGCGGUAUCUCAGCGCUUUAUUUGGCCUUUGCCGAAAUUGUUAAUGAGACCUACGGUCGUGAAUUGAUCCCCAUCAUCCCCAUCGAAAAAUUGUUCGCCAAAGAGAAGGAACGAUCCGAUUCAGCGAACGCCCCCGUUUGA